AUGCCCGCGGAGCUGGAAGAAAAGCCGUACAAGCCCGUCAUCGGGCUGGACGUGGGCGCCCACAUCUCCACCUGCCGGCCUCCCCCUCCCGUCCCUCCCAAGCUGCAGCGUCGCGUGCCGCUACCGAAGCCCGGGCGGCGCAACGUCCUGGUCACGAGCGGGCUGCUCUACGCCAACGACGUGCCGCACCUCGGCAGCAUCGUCAGCUCGGUGCUCUCGGCCGACGUGUUUGCGAGGUACAGCAGGGCGUGCGGCGUCACGACUCUUUUUGUGGGUGGCACGGACGAGCACGGCGCCACGACGCCGACCAAGGCGGCCGCUCGGGGCUGCAGCCCGCGCGAGCUCGGCGACCGGUACCACAAGGUGCACGCCGACAUCUACGACUGGUUCGGGGUCGAGUUUGACGUGUUUGGUCGCACACCCAACGGCAGGCACGCCGCCAUGGCGCAGGACCUCUUCGCCAAGCUCGCGCGCAACGGGCUCGUCGAGACGCGCGCCGCCACCGCCGCCGUCCCGCCGCGGUGCGGGCUGGACGGGGCGGCGCUUGUGAUGGGGGAGUCGAGGUCGACGCAUGCGUUCUUGAGGCUCUAUGUGCUGCUGCCCGAGGUGGAGGCGGCGCUGGCAGCGGGCGGCGUGUGGUCAGGCGGCGCGGCGGCGUGGAUGGGCGAGGAGUGCUGCAUCACGCGUGACAUGGCGUGGGGCACGCCGGUGCCGCGGGUCGAGGGGUUUGAUAUGGGCGACGGUAGUAAUAAGGUCUUGUGGCCGUGGUUUGAUGCGUGCGUCGGGCACGCGUCGAUGACGGCGGCGGCGACGGACGCGUGGGAGAGGUGGUGGCGCGACGGCAGCGGCAACAACAAGGUCCGACUGUACCAGUUCGUGGGCGCGGACCAGGCCCGGUUCCACUCGGUGCUGUUCCCGGCGGCGCAGCUGGGCACGCGCGACGGCUGGACCAUGCCGCACCGCGUGAAGAAGUUCUCGACGUCGCGCCGGGUGGGCGUCUUCGCCGACGCGGCCGUGGCCACGGGCGUCGACGCCGACGUCUGGCGCUGGUGCCUGCUCUGGCACCGGGCCGAGGACGGGGCCGACGUCGAGUUUUGCUGGGACUCGCUAGUCGAAGCGGCCAACACGCUCACGGCGUGCCUCGAGCGGCCCGUGGCGCGCGUGCUGGACUGUGUGAACCACGCCUGCUUCGGCGGCGUGGUGCCCGACUGGCGCUGUCCCUAUCCCGGGGCAAGAGGCGCAGCAGCAGCCCCGCCGCCGCCGCCGCCGCCGCCCGAGUUCUGGCUCGGCGUCUUCAACGUCCUGCUGGCGCGCUACAGGGCCUACAUGGACGCGCUCCGGCUCCGCGACGCCAUGGAGGUGGCGCUGCGCAUGGCGGACCAGCUGGACGCGCUGCUGCGCCGGGCCGAUGCGGCGAUGCAUGGGGACGACGGCGCCGUGACCGAGGACACGACCGAGGACGACUUUGCGGCCGACGUCGGCAUGGCCGUCAACGCGGCGCACCUGGUCGCGUCGGCCGUCUCGCCCUUUGUGCCGGCCGCGGCCCGUCGCGUCUGCGAGAUGCUGCGGGCCGACCCGACGCCGCACCUGCCGGGCGAGUUUUGGAUCCCGUCGAUACUGGGCGAGCACGCGCACGAGGUCGGGCGGCCGUACGCGCUGUUUGGCGGCCCCAUAGACCCGGCCAAGGCGGGCGAGUGGCGGAAGCAGUUUGGGGGCGGGGAUAUGGAGGGAGGAGGGGAGGAUGAGAGGGUGGUGGAUGGGCCUGCUGUGUGA